CAUUUCCCAGAAAGGACUGCGACGUUAGCGCCAGAGGCGCUUCUGCGCUUGCGCCUCCUUCCGGCAUCGAGCAGCGAGUCCGCUGGUAUUGAGGUGGUAAUCGGGCUGUGGGCAGUGGGAAGGCAGACCAAGGAGGAAACAAAUGGAGGUCCGGAGCUAUCUGGAAGCUCCGCGAUAGGACUGCUGUAUCUCUGGAAGGAUAUGUUGAUGUUCUGAUGAUGGAGUCCUGGCCCUGCCCAUCUAAUUGUCUGAUUGUCCUCUGCAGUUUCCUCCUAUUUCUUGACACAAGCUCUGACAUCUAAGGACUCUGUCCUUCCCCAAGAGGAAGACCCUUCAGCCCUUGAACUCUUGGAAGUCAUGCCUCUCGGUUCAGAACUGUUCAGGGAUGUGGCCAUAACUUUCUCCCAAGAAGAAUGGGAGUGCCUCGAGCCUGUUCAGAAGGACUUGUACAGAGAUGUGAUGCUGGAGAACUACGGCCAUCUGGUCUCACUGGGUCUUACCAUAUCCAAACCUGAUGUGAUAGCCAUCCUAGAGCAAGGAAGGGAGCCUUGGCUAGAGGAGAGGGCCACAGCAGGAGGCCUGUGUUCAGCAUUGGAAUCUGGAUACGGUGCCAAAAUACUGUCUGCAAAGCCACACGUUAAUGAAAUGGAGUCGCCCCAGUGGGGGAUAAUGGGAGGCCUUGCAAGCUGUGGUCUUGAGGGCUCGCGCUUCCAGGAUGAUGGGGAAGACGAAGGCCUGUUUGACAGAGAACCAGGAAAUCCAGACAGAAGUGCCAGUCCUGUGUUAAUCAGCCAUGAGGAAAUGCCCACUUUAAACCAGCAAGCACCUCUUACUUUUUCCCCGAGAAAGUCCCGUCGAUAUAAUAAACGCAAAAAAGACUUGUGGCACAAGGAAUUCCGUAUUAAUCAAGGAAUUCCUACUAAUGAGAAGCCCUACAAAUGUAGGGAGUGUGGGAAGGCCUUUAAAUAUGGUUCACGACUAAUCCAGCACGAGAAUAUUCAUUCUGGCAAGAAGCCUUAUGAAUGUAAAGAAUGUGGGAAGGCCUUCAAUUCUGGCUCAAAUUUCAUACAACACCAGAGAGUUCAUUCAGGUGAGAAACCGUAUGAAUGUAAAGACUGUGCUAAAGCCUUCAGUCGAAGCUCACAGCUGAUUGAGCAUCAGCGAAUCCAUACUGGGGAGAAACCCUAUCAAUGUAAGGACUGUGGCAAGGCCUUCAAUCGGAUCUCGCAUCUUAAAGUACAUCACAGGAUUCAUACCGGUGAAAAGCCCUACUUGUGUAAGGAGUGUGGGAAGACCUUUAGUCAUAGGUCUCAGCUGAUUCAGCAUCAGACUGUUCAUACUGGCAAGAAACUCUUUGAAUGUAAAGACUGUGGCAAGGCUUUUAAUCAAGGGUCCACUCUUAUCCGACAUCGGCGAAUUCAUACUGGGGAGAAACCUUAUGAGUGCAAGGCAUGUGGCAAGACCUUUAGAGUGAACUCGCAGCUUAAGCAACAUCAGAGAAUUCAUACUGGGGAGAAACCCUACCAGUGUAAGGUGUGCAGUAGGGCCUUCAAGCGGGUCUCACAUCUCACAGUCCAUCAUAAAAUCCAUACCCAUGAGAAGCCGUACAAGUGCGAGGGAUGUGGGAAGGCCUUCAGCCAUUGCUCACAACUGAGUCAACAUCAGGUGAGCCAUUCCAAGGAAAAGCCCUACAAGGGAUGUGGCAGGAGCGUAAGUCACGAUCCAGCUACCGUUCAGCCUCCCAGACGGCGCAAUAGAGGAAUGCGUGUGAACAUAAGAAAUGGAGAAAAGCCGUCCCUCGGCACUUACCCGCUGUUAAUCAUCAGGGAGUUUGUGCUGGCAAGCAACCACAGGAAUGGAAGUAAUACAAGGAGCCCAUUAGCAUAGGGCGAUUACGGCCUGUGCAUCUUGGAGAAAGGAGAGCUCAAUGUACUGCUAAUAAGAUGCCUCAAUUCAGAGUUUUCUAAAUCAAUUAACAGGGAAGGGUUGGAAAUAAUUUUGUCUCCCAACACUCCCCAGAAUCUAGUCAUGGGAUUUUUAUGUGGCUUUUCUGUUUGUUUUGUUUUGUUUUUGAGAUACAGUCUCUCUAAUGUAGGCUCGGCUGGCCCAGAAUUUACUAUGUAAACCAGGCUGGCCUGGAACUCCUGAUCUGCCUGCCUCUGCCUUCUGAAUGCUGGGAUAUUAAAAGUAUGUGCCACCAUGCCCAGCUUUAGUUGCAGGGAAGCCAAAUUACUCCUGGGUUAACAAGGAGAUAAAUCCUGCAGACACCAUGUGUGUCAAUAAAAAGAACAAAUGGAUAAUUUUACAUGCUAAGAAAGGUAAGAAAUAAAGCUAUAUCCAGGGUGUGGUAACACACUUGAAUCCUAGCACUUGGGAGGCAGAGGCUGGUAGAUCUCUGUGCGUUCCAGGCCAGUUAACUGCACAGUGAGACCCUGUCAUAAAACAACGGCCCCACCCCCAAGAGCUAUCUCCAGAGGAAUUAAAAGAAUUUUAUGAAGA